UCUACACAAUUGAAAUUGUCUCAAGAGAGGAGAUUACAAACACAGACACAAACAGAAACACAAUUUUAAAAAUAAAUUGGCCAAAGAGAGAAAAUAAGUAUACUUUCUCGUGGAGGGAUCACAGGACCAAAAACCAGAAAAAGUAACAGCUUCCACCGUCAACCACGCACUGUUUCAGUCUUCUUCUCCUUCCAUUUCAAACGAACAACAAACAUUUUAAUCAAAAUCAUUAAAAAGUGUUAAACUUUCUGCUAAAAAGAUGGAUUCUUCUUACUACUUUGCCUUGGGGACAAGUAGUUCUAUUCUGCCAAAACUCUGUUUCAAGAAUGUGGAGAUCAGAUUUUGGGGUGAGAAGAUCAACAACAAUGGUUUCUUUAAACGUUCUAAAUCAGAUUUGGACUCCAAGAAUCGAAAGUUCAAGCGCAGUGUUGUUUACGCUGUUGCCACUUCGAAUAAUCCAAAAAAGGCUAUGACUGUAAAGCCUUCCAUGUUUGAGAGAAGAAAGGCAGACCCGCAAAACGUGGCUGCAAUCAUUCUAGGAGGAGGUAAUGGAGCUAAACUCUUCCCUCUUACAAUGAGAGCCGCAACACCAGCUGUUCCUGUUGGUGGAUGCUACAGGCUGAUCGAUAUUCCGAUGAGUAACUGCAUUAACAGCUGCAUCAACAAGAUCUUUGUGCUGACACAAUUCAACUCUGCUUCCCUCAACCGACAUUUAGCACGCACUUAUUUUGGGAAUGGCAUAAACUUCGGAGGUGGUUUCGUAGAGGUUCUUGCUGCAACACAAACACCGGGGGAAGCUGGGAAAAUGUGGUUUCAAGGAACAGCAGAUGCUGUCAGAAAAUUCCUCUGGGUGUUUGAGGAUGCCAAGAACAGGAACAUUGAGAACAUACUUAUUUUGUCUGGAGAUCAUCUCUAUAGAAUGAACUACAUGGACUUUGUUCAGUCUCAUGUCGAUAGUAAUGCGGAUAUUACUCUUUCAUGUGCACCAGUCAGUGAAAGCCGCGCAUCGAAUUUUGGUCUAGUGAAGAUUGAUAGAGGUGGGCGUGUAAUCCAUUUCUCCGAGAAACCAACGGGAGUCGAUCUGAAAUCAAUGCAAACAGACACAACAAUGCUUGGACUGUCUCAUCAAGAAGCAACAGAUUCUCCAUACAUUGCAUCUAUGGGAGUUUAUUGUUUCAAAACCGAAGCUUUGCUGAACCUUCUAACAAGACAGUAUCCGAGUUCCAAUGACUUUGGAUCUGAAGUUAUUCCUGCAGCCAUAAGAGAUCACGAUGUUCAAGGAUACAUAUUCCGAGAUUACUGGGAGGAUAUUGGAACUAUAAAGACAUUUUAUGAGGCUAAUUUAGCUCUUGUUGAGGAGCGACCAAAGUUUGAAUUCUAUGAUCCAGACACUCCGUUCUACACUUCUCCUCGGUUCCUCCCACCAACCAAAGCUGAGAAAUGUCGCAUGGUAGAUUCGAUAAUCUCACACGGAUGUUUCCUGCGAGAAUGCAGCAUCCAACGUUCCAUCAUUGGUGAACGGUCACGUCUAGACUAUGGAGUUGAGCUUCAGGAUACAUUGAUGUUAGGUGCAGAUUACUACCAAACUGAAUCUGAAAUUGCAUCUCUAUUAGCAGAAGGAAAGGUUCCAAUUGGCAUUGGUAGAGACACAAAGGUCAGGAAAUGCAUCAUUGACAAGAAUGCCAAGAUCGGUAAAAACGUGAUCAUCAUGAACAAAGGCGAUGUACAAGAAGCAGAUAGGCCAGAGGAAGGAUUCUACAUUCGAUUGGGAAUCACUGUGAUAGUCGAAAAGGCGACAAUUCAAGACGGUACUGUAAUAUGAAUGGAGCUUGAAAGCUGCAAUCUUGUAAGUCCACCUAGCAACAAUCUUGCUGGAGAUUAAAAAGAGAAAGCUUCCAUCAUUGUACAAUUAGAAGAGCUCAAGUUUAGUAUAACUAGAGAUAGAGAUAUAGAGAACAAAUAAGAACACAGUGAAGUCUUGAUCAGUGCUCCGGCGACGGAAGACUGAUCGGCCGAUCUCUCCCUCUCUUAUCAUCUUUUGUAUUUAGAACCUUUGAUGAUUCUCUUUGUAUUAUUCAAAAAAAUAAGCAAUUUAUCUCCUGUCUUUGUGUCA